AAGUUCCUAGAGCCAGACUCACUGGUAUCCACUGAGCCACCACCUUCCUGUGCUUGCGUGCCAGGCCCCUUCCCCCUGCAGCCAUGAACCAGGCCUUCUGGAAAACCUACAAGUCCAAAGUGCUACAGACCCUGAGUGGGGAAUCUGAGGAAGACCUGGCAGAGGAGAGGGAGAACCCAGCAUUAGUGGAGUCUGAGACAGCAGAAUCGACCGAGGAGACCUUCAAUCCCAUGUCACAGCUGGCCCGCCGGGUUCAGGGGGUCGGGGUGAAAGGCUGGCUGACAAUGUCAUCUCUGUUUAACAAAGAAGAUGAAGAUAAGCUGCUGCCACCAGAGCCUUGUGCUGACCACCCUCUGGCGGCGCGACCCCCCUCGCAGGCGGCGGCGGCGGAGGCGCGCGGCCCGGGCUUCUGGGACGCGUUCGCCAGCAGGUGGCAGCAGCAGCAGGCGGCGGCGGCGUCCAUGCUGCACGGCACCGAGCCCACUCUGGAGCCGGACCCCGAACCCGCGGACGAAGCCGCAGAGGAGGCCGCAGAGCACCCCGAGUCGCAGGAGGCCGAGCCGGUGGCCGGCUUCAAGUGGGGCUUCCUCACCCACAAACUGGCCGAGAUGAGGGUGAAGGCUGCGCCCAAGGGUGACUAG